AUUCAGAAUCAUAUGCUUUUUUUUCUAACUUAGAUUAAGAGCGCAAAGAAAAUAAUAGGGCACGUUUCAUAAAUUAUAAUUGAAUCAAAAGUGUUUUUUCCCCUUAAAAUGUGCUACCUUUGUUACAAGUUUCCUGAAUAACAGAUUUGUUUUGUUUUUUUUGUUUUUUUUGUGUGUGUUUUUAAACAGGGCUGCCACUCACUUUUUUUAAAUUUCCCAAGAUUUGCUGAACAAAUUUCCCAAGAUUUCCCAAGAUCAUAUAAAUAUAUAAGAGUUUUUUUUUUUAAAGGGUUUUUUCUAUGUCAUUAAUGUAAUAACAGAUUAAAUUAAUGACCCUGAAAACAUGGUACAUUAAUGGACUGAAAUUUAUUGAAAAAGACAUUAAAAAAAUGUUUAUCACAUAAAAGAAACAAUUUGUUGUUUUUUUAAAAUAAUUUAUAAUCCAAAAUAUCAAGACCCACUGGAGUUAGGCUACUAAAUAUUACCUCCGAAUUCUCUGGUAAAAAUAUCAUCUACAAUACAUGUGUAAUAGAAGUCACUUGGAAACAAAGCUUAUAAUCAACACAGAAUUCCUUUUACAAGGGCAAAGGGUUCUUCAUCAAAAAAUGAUUUUUCUUAUUGUAAGUCUGUCGAUUAGAAGUGGGGUUUGCAAAGCAAUGAAGCAAAAUUUAUUAAUAAUAAUUGUAGUUAAAAUGGAUUGAUAUUAUUAUGAAAACAAUAAGUAUUUUUUUUCUUGUAAAUUUACAUUAUAACGAUUUUUUCAACAACAAAAAAAAAAUACCUUUAAAGGUAUUGUUCAUUUAUAAUCCUACAACGUAGGCCCAUACUUUUAAUAUCUUAGUACUUAGUUACCUGUGUUUCAAUCCACAAAUAUUUUUUUUCCAAUUGAUGAAAAUUAGACUGGAUUUUUUAUAGAUGCAUUACAUUUUGAACACAUUGUAGAAGUAAUUGAAAUAAUCAAAUUUUACUAUGGCAUCAUGGAGUCUUGAUUGAAGACUAUUGUUCACUCUUCGGCUUGUACUGUUUUUCGUAUGGUUACUAAUGUCUAAUAGCCUAAUGAUAAAGUUUCCGAGCCUACCCCUCUCCCCAUUUAAUAAAAAUUCAAAACCUGUAUGUAAUUUGUAAAUCUUAAUUUUUUUUUUAAAAAAGAAGAGAAAAUUGAAUUUUUCUUUAAUUAUUAACUUUUUAACAAUUCACAAUAAUAUUAACUUUAAUAUCAGAAGAGUUUUUAUUUAUUUGAUGAGUGGAUUUAAAAAUUAAAACCAGAGAAAAAAAAUAAAACAAUUAAUCUGUAGCCUUGUUACUUUAAAAAUUAUUUUGCUUUAUUUUCACUAUAUUUUGUAUCACAUAUUGUUGAGUUUUUUCAAAAAUGUAAUAAAAUUUCCCCCCCAGUUAAGAUUUCCCAAGAUUUUGCCUGAUUUUCAAAAUUAUUCCCCAGAUCCCAAGGGGGGUCGUGAAUUCCCAAGAUCUUGGGAAAUUUCCCAAGGUGUGGUAGCCCUUUUUUUAAAUACUUUGCGUUCAGUAUGCUAUGUGAUCCACAUAGGCUGCGGCCCACAUAGUUAAAAUUAAAAUGGGAGAUCAUUCCACUUUAAAUUCCAGUGAUGUCAAUAAUGCUAAUAUUAAUACUAGUAAUAGUGGUAGACUACCAGGUAGUUUCAGUUUGAGUGAACCUAGACACUGUGGAUGUAAAGGAAUUAGGACAUGCCGCCUGUGUGGAUACUCCAAGUCAAAGCAAAAUAUCAUUCAAACACCACUUUAUGGACUUGACUGCCAGGAUAAUAAUGAAAAGGUUUGCAGAGGCGUAACUUGUAAAUAACUUGUAUUAGUAUUACGUGACGUAGCCUACAUUAUAUUAUAUUAUAUAUGCAUCGGCAUCAUAUUCAUAAUGAAGAUGUCUGUCAUGAAUGGUCGUAAUCUACCACUUGAGCGUCUGUCAUGAAUGGUCGUAAUCUACCACUUGAGCGUCGGCCAAGAAAAAAUCCAGUUUUUCCGGUUGGAAGGGCUAUACUUACUGUACAGACUAUACAACUAUUCUUACAUUGGAGUCUGUUAAUAGUUUUGCUUCCGUAUAGAGGCUAUAAAGUUAUGUAGCACAAUACUAAUACAUUUAAAUACUUAUUACUAUUACUGCCAAGCUACCGAUAUGCCAGAAAGAAAGAGAGACAACAAUUAUUUUUUUUUUAUGCAGAUGACGCGGAUGUCCACACACAGAAUGUGGAAAACUUGAAUGCUCAGAAAGCAUAAACUGAAAAGACAGUUUGGCACAAGUCACAAGAAGCGCCUGUGAUCUUUCCCCUUCAUAUUUAAGUGGAUUCAUGUACCACAACCGUUUUCGUGGAAAUUAUAUUUUUUUAAACUUCAUUGUCAACUUGGGGGAUAACUAUGCAUCAUUCCAUUUUCACACAUUAUGUUCUAUUUCAAAAAAAUUGUUAUAGUUUUUCUAUUUAAAAAAAAUUGUCUAUUAUAAUGGGAAUGAAUACGUACAACCAAUGUCAUUAAAAAUAAUAUAAGAAUAGUUGUUUAAAUAGCCCUUCCAACCGGAACAGCUGAAUUUUUUCUUGGCCGACGCUCAAGUGGUAGAUUACCGAAUGGUCCAAGUUCAAUGCCAAUUCAUUAGAAUCAGAUUCAUACCCAAUAUAACUUGUCAAAAUUAUCUUUUUUAUUUUAAAUUAUUAUGUUAGGUAACUAAUAAUGCUAAACCUAUUGUCAUUGUCAGUAUUGUCUGUUGAGGCUACUGUCUGUAUGAGUAAUGCCAAUGGAUAAUUGACAACAUUGGCUGCCCCUGGGUAAAAAUAAGGAGGGGAAGAGGUUUUAGUUUUAAGUUUGUUAGAGUGGCUUUCAAAACUAAAAUUAUGUAUUUUAUUAUACUAUUGGCAUUGGUAAUCUACCACUUGAGCCUCGUCAAGAAAAAAUCCAGUUGCUCCAGUUGAAAGGUCUAUUUAAACAAUUAUUCUUAUAUUAUUUUUUAUGACAUUGCAACGGCCGAUUGUACAUAUUCAUUCCAGCACAUAUAGAAUUAAUACAAAUAAAACAAGACAAUUUUUAAAAAUAGAAAAACUAAAACAAUUUAAUUUUUGUUUUAAAAAGAAGAAUUUAAACAAUUUGAAAAUGGAAAUAUGCAUAGUUCUCCCCCAAGGUGACAAUUACUUUUUAAAAAAUAUAUUUUCCACAAAAACGGUUGCGGAACAUGAAUUCAUGUAAAUAUGAAGAGAAAAGUUUGCUGGUUGUGCCAAACUGUCAUUUCAAUUAGCGCUUUACGCGCAUCCACAUGUUUUCAACAUUCUGUCUGUGGACAUCAGCGUAAUCUCGAUCAACAAAAUUCCACCCAAGUGCUGAAUUAGGGCAUUUAGGGUCUGACGAAUUCUGGAGUAGUGUGGACAGCCGCCAUUUUUCUUCAUUUCAUAUCUGAUCUGUUUCAAACACUUCAUGCAUCUGCACUAUUGUAGUCUCUCCUCUUCUUCUUCCUGCCAUAUUGGUAGCUUAGUAAUUAUUUAAAUGUAUUGUGCUAAAUAACUUUAUACGGGAGCGAAACCAUUCACGGACACCAUUGUUAAAAUUUCCUUCAACCGCACCCAUCCCUGGUCGUCUUGACGUAGACUAGAGUCUUGCCACUGGAUAUGGUGGGCCCAGACGAGAGAGUGAGGUUGACACCGCGCAACUCUUCCUCACUUUAAACAAAAGUCACCCGCGCAAGUCAUCAGUCACCGGACAACUCGAUGGUCCUCGUCGAUCCUCGACGGACGGGCAAUAAUAAUAAAUUAUUAAAAUAGCCCUUCCAACCAGAACAACUGGACUUUUUCUUGGCCGACUCUCAAGUGGUAGAUUGUCAUACUAUUUUAGUAAUUUACAUACUUUUUGUUGUUUUACUGGAAAAACAAAUUCAAAUAGAAAUAAGUUUUAGGAUGGUAUAGGAAAGUAAAUGGUGAAGAGAUCGAUGUGAAAGGGAGGUGCAAGGGAGUGGGGAAGGCAAUGGACAUGUGAGUGAGAAAAACCAGUUUUUCUGAGAUGAGGACAUGAGAACUGUUAAGGGGAAGCCGUUGGGGAUAAUAAUAAUGUGGAGGGAGAGGAUAAAGAGUUUGAGGAAAUUUGGAAGGUGAGUGCCCAGAAAAUGUAGAGGUUGAGGCUGAGGUGCAGAGGUGUAAAUGAUGAGUGGGUGUGAGAGGAAAUGAGUCUAAGGCUAAAGGGUGAAGAGGGUAUGAGAAUUUUUACUUGCAGGUAUUGUAGAUAAAAUUGGUAAUAUUUUAUUUCAAUACAUAAUGUCAAAUUGGUGAAAUCGAUGAAAUCUUGCACUAUCAGAUUGGUGAAAUCGGUAAAAAGUAUAUAUGAUGAUAUCUUUCACUGUUGAUUUUUUCAUCAUAUAGUAUUAAAUAUAUGAAGUGAUGUUAAUAAUUAUGUAAAGUACAAAUUACUAUUAUUUUAAAAAAAUAAUAAAAGUUUACAAUUAAUUACAAUAAUAAGUAUAAGUCAUGGUCUAAAAUGUUCUUUCAAAUGUUUCAAUGUGCCGGUAAUAAUAAUACUUUAAAAAAUUAAGACAAAACUCAAGUAAACCAGUGCAUUUGAGUGUAUAUAAACGUAUAUCUAAAUUUUUAAAAAACUAUGUAUUUAAAAGCUCUCAAUGUAGAAACUAGUUUAACACUAGAAGUUAAUAAUUAAGAUAAUUUUAAAUACAUUUUUUUCCCCAAGCAUGUUUUUGUAAUUUCAGUCGAGGAAGGACAUAUUUUUGUACUGUGACAUGUGUAAAAAAGCUUGGAAGCCAACAGAUUUUGCUCAGCCUGCUUUUGGAACAGUCAUUACUUUACCCAAAACUGAUGCAGAACAGCUAAAAGUGCAUACGAAUGACCAAAAAAUAAUUGAAAACAAAAUGUCAAAUAUCAGCUACCCUAUAACAUCUAAAGUAAAGAUGUCAGACCAUGAAAGCCAAUGCAUGCAUAAUGAUUCAGUAGGUGCCAUUCAUCUUCAAGGAAUUUCAAUAAUAGAGAACUUUGUAUCUGAAGAGGAGGAAGCAUUCUUGGUGACCUCAAUAAAUGACACUAAUUUUGUCAACUCACAGUCAGGAAGAAGAAAACAGGUAUAUGCAUAUGUUUUUUAAAAUUAAAACGUAAUUUCAUAACUAUUUGCUAAACUCUGGCAUUAAAAAAAUCACUAAAAGCUAGAAAAGUUACCAUAAUGAAACAUGCGUAUUCUGUCCGUUCCCAAGACACACACUAAAACAUGGUGAAUGAUCUUUCUCUUUCUGCGCCCCCAAACAAUGGAAUUCUUUGCCACUACACAUAUGCAAUAUACCAACCACCCAGGCCUUCAAAACUGCACUCAAAACAUAUCUUUUUAAAUUAUACUACCCUGACUGAUUCCCCUCCUCUGAUAAAUGAUCUUACUGGCUGCCGUCCAUGGUUUGCCUUGUAAAAGUUAUGUGGUGGGGUGGGUGAAUAUACAUUGCUGUACUUUAUUUCAUAAAUGUAUUUUAUUUUAAUGUCAUGAUUAAUGUCUCUUUUGAUAAAAUUUUUAUGUACAGCGCGGUGAGCCAAGCCCUAGGCUGGAGUACCGCGCUAUAUAAGACCUCUUAUUAUUAUUAUUAUUAUCAGUACUAAAACCAAACAUAACAUUAUAUUAAUUUUUUUUGGAAAAGAGGAAUAAGAAGGCCACUCUUGCUGAAAUCAGUCUUAAAUAAAUUAUCUUCAAAUUUAACCCCCCCCCCCUUUUUUUUUCCUUUAUCACAAAAAUGAAAAUAAGUUAUAAUUUCAUCAUAAGUUAUAAGUUCCUUUAGAUCAGUUAUGACAGGGGUGUCAAACUCAAUUGCUCAGCGGGCCAAAACUCAAAUCACACGUAAGUUUACGGGCGAAACAGGAUAAACAUCCAAUAAGCUGAAAAUUAACAUUUGUUAAACUAAACAUUAAUUUAAAUUAAAACAGAAACAAAAUUUUAAUAAUAAGAAAAUCAUUGGCAUACCCAUUAUCGAAGUGAGAACACUCUCGGGUAGCAUAUCGUUCAGGAAGGUUGCUAAUUAGGGAAUUUGAUUUGCACUUUAUAUCGCAGGGCCAUUAAAAAUAUUUUUGCCUAAAAUUCUCUCUCGGGUCUGAUAUAAUUGUAUGCCGUGCCCGAUGAGUUUGACACUUGUGAGUUAUGAUAUCAAAACUUUAAUGGUUUUUGUAAUUUAAAAAAAAAAAAAAGUAUGCAAUCCCUUUACAAAAAUAAAUGUAAUACUUUGAUAUUUUCUGAUUGCACAUUAUCAAAAAACCUGGCAGAGUUGAACCUUGACUCCUGGUUAAAUUUGGCCUUCUAUAAUUCUCACUCUGUUGCAAGGGCUUUGUUUCGAGCAUCUUCUGUCUGUUUGACUUCCUCAUUCACUGUUGUUCGCUAGCUUGAUUUCCCAUUCGUUGAUUUCUAUGUUGGCUUUCUCAUAUUAUCGUAGCUGUAGUGAUAUGAUAAACAAUUUAAUUUUCAUUUUUAGAGUUUGAAUUUGCCUACAAAUGUAAUUUUUUUUCCUCGAAGGAUUUUGGACCAAAAGUGAACUUCAAGAAGCAAAAGAUAAAAUUAUCUAGCUUCAGUGGCCUGCCAGCAUACAGCCAAUUUCUUUACAAGCGAAUGAAAGCCAAUCCAUGUUUGAGGAACUUUGAGCCUAUAGAACUUUGUAAUUUAGAAUAUUGUAGUGAGAGGGGGGCUCACAUAGAUCCACACUUGGAUGAUGCAUGGCUAUGGGGUGAACGUCUCGUAACUCUAAACCUGCUUUCAGAAACUAUCUUGACCUUUACUUUGGACACAGACGCCCAUUUAGAAAUACAUGUUCCACUUCUGAGGCGAUCCUUGAUUAUUGUUUCUUCUGAAGCAAGAUAUAAAUGGAAACAUAGUAUUCACGAAGAGGACAUCACAGGAAAAAGAGUUGCCAUGACCUUCAGAGAAUUAUCAAAGGAGUUUUGCACUGGUGGUAGGCAUGAGGAGGAUGGGUUAAAAUUAUUAAAGAUUGCUCUGACAUUUCAAGGUAUGGCUGUCGGUACUUGAUCAGAUGAGGAAAAUAAAACUAUCAAAUUUGUUUGCUGAAACUCAAAACUCCUUCCGUUUUGACUGUUAAGAAAAUGUUCCUAGCAACUGAUUAAUCAAAAUUACAUUUAAAAGAUGUGAAUAAAUUAUUUCCCUGGAGAUUACUAACAGCAGAAGCCAACUAAUAAUUAUAAUUAAUGCAAUAGAAAAUUCAAAUUUUAAAAAAAAAAAUGUAAUUGAGACCAGGUGAAUUUUUGUAUGCAAAUGCAAGUUCUUUCAUUGGAUGGAGUACUGGUAUUGGAAAGCUGUCUAAAAUUAUCUGAUUAAUAUUCUUCACCCUUGGAGUUAAAAUAAAAUCAUUUAAAAUAAAAUCAUUUAAAAUAAAAUCAUUUAAAAUUAAUUAGAACAUCAAAUCUUUUUAUGAAGGAAAGUGAAAGAUAUGCAUGUUUUCAUUUGUUUUGUACCGUAACUAAAGUUACACUUGGCUUUAAGUGAGCCUCAAGGCCUUGAAAGUUGAAAGAAUGAUUUUAGUUGGGUUUACAUUUGCAUUUUAGAAAUAUAUGGGCGCCACUUUCACAAUCUCUAAAUAAUUAUAGACCUUAUGGUAUACAUUUGCGCUUUUGAUGGUUGGAAUAAAUGUAUAAGUUGCCAUGGGAACUAUUUUCAAGGAGAUGGAAAUCAAGUUUAAACAAGAUAAGCCUGCAUUUUUCUUUGGCCUUAGGUUCACAGUUCUUGGAUAUAUACAACUAGAAGUACCCAUGCUCAAUGCGCUUAGAGUUGGAAGUGAUAGUUGUAUAUAACUGUGCCAAUAUUAAUGCAUAAUUUGAAAAAAUUUAAGGUUUCCAGAAAUGGAAGACUUUGGGUGAUUAUCAUUGAAUCCUUUUAUUUACCAUUCAUUUUUAUUUUUUGACAUAGCUCACAGCAAUUUAAAAAAGAAAGACCUAAAUUUUUUUAAAAAGAGACAUUUAAAAGUUAAUAGGAUAUAUCUUAGUCUGUUGACAAAAUUUAGAUACAUAGUCAUGAUUUAAAAAAAUAAGUAAUAUAAUACAAGAAAGUGUGAGAAUAGUUGUUUUUAAUUUCAUAAUGGAAUGCUGGAUUGCAAAUAUUUUAAAAUCCUAAAAAUAUUGAAGUAAAAAUUUUAAAAAAUCAAUUUCUUUCUAAUAAGUUGUAACUUGAGAGGAAUGUUCAAUUUAAAACAUUAUAAUUAUAAGGCUUGUUCUUAAACUUAAAGACAGAGAACUGAGAAAGCAGAUCUUGGCAAUUUAUUAAAGGGGGGUGAAACAUUGUUAAAGGCAUUUCAUAAUUUAAAAAAAAAUCAAAGGCAAAUUAAUUCUUCAUUUAAAAAUUCUAUCAAAAGAUGAUGAUAUCAUAUUAUUAGUGUAAGACUGCUAAAACAAAAACUGCUACCAUUCAUCAUUUAAUGUUACAGGGAUGGUGUAAUGGAUAUCUCGAUUGUGCAGUAAAUAUACAUAUUUUGGUAAAUUGAGAAUAAUUUUUAAAUUAAUUUUCAUGCUACAAAAUUAAUUUUCAAGCAGCUUAAAUUUUUAUAUUUUAAAUCUGCAGCCAGAGGGGAAAAAAAUUAAUCAAUUUCUGUACCUGAAACAGUUAAACACUUAGAGAAAGUCCCCCAAAAUCAAAUAAAAAUGAAGAUCAUUUAAUCAUCAACAAGUCAUUUCUUAUUUCUUUACACAUGUAUGUAGAAAACCAUGAUGUAGGCCUUCAUUUAACUACCGGUAUUUGUCAGGGCUUUAUAAACUGAAAUGUUAAAAAUGUAUCACUAUUUUAAGUUGGCAGCUUUGUCACUUUGUGUGUCUGUAUUUUAAUAUUAGUACUGGGAAUUCUUACAUUUCCAAUGGCAAUAUUACAUUUAAGAAACAUAAAUAAAGACUUUAUUGACUUUCACAGAUGAAAUCCUUGUGUUUUCCCCCUAAGUGAAUACAGACCCUAUGGUACUAAAUAUUUUGUAAUACAUACAAAUUCAAUGGAAGCUUUUUCCCAUAGAUUGAAAAAAUAAUUUUGAGAAACAAAUAAAUUUUAAUUUUAUAGUAGAUAAUAAGUCUUGGAUUUUGCAUGCCGGUAGUCAAAAUUAAAAACAACUGUUUAAAAAAAUAGUGGUAUACAAAGUACAAUCAGUUAUUAAUAAUAGCCAAAAUAUUUUUCAUAUCAUGGGGGAAAAAAUCUUUUGCAAAAAGUGUUGAGAUAAAUAAAAAAUUACAAUGUCAAUAAAAAAAAAAGAGCAAAAUUACAAGAAGUAUCCUGGUUAUAUUAACAUUUUUUAAUUUCAAUUACAAGUAUUUACAACUUAAAUGAAAAUAAAAUUGGUGCCAACAUUUCUUUAUAUAAAAUGAAUAUCACAUUCUAUUAUUAGAGUGACAUGAACUCCUUACCAAUACCAGUGCCUAUUUAAAAUUCGAAGCCUUGGAACUGCGACCACUUGCAUUUUGCUUUGGAAAAUUGAACAUAAUUAAAAAUAAAUUAAUGCAACUAUUUCUAAAUAUUAAAGUAGUGUUAAAAUAGUUUAACCAUUAUAUUUCUAGCUCUACGAAAAUUUAUCUAUUCAUGGCGGCUAUAUCCGAUUAUAUGCUUUUUGGGAAAAUGAUAUCCAACUUCCCGGAAACAUCUAUCACUAUUCCUCCAGUAACCCAGCUAGGGGUGGAUAGAGGUGUGUUAAGUUUAUAAAAUACCACAGCCAAACCUUUGUUCAUGAGAAUGCUCCAGAAAAAGGGGGUUAAAGCUGCACAUAUGCUUUCCAUAGGAGAUGGGGUAAUAUAAAAAAAAACAGUUAUUUAAAAUUUUAACAGCAUUUAUUGCAACAUACAUUUUUGGUGACAUGUGACCACAGGAAGACUCAGGAAACCUCUUGGUGUUUCUCACAAUAAUUUUUUUUACAUAUUUUAAAACUAGAUUAAAACAGCAUCCACUCUUUCAAAAAUAUGUAUGACUCUUUGCAACAAGAUUUAUCUUUUGUA